AUGGUGGCAGCAAAAGACCAUUCUGAUGCCGACUGCUUUGGUGUUGCUAUUCUUUCACAUGGAAGGGAGGGAGCAGUAUUUGCAACUGAUGGCUCUGUGCCCCUAAAUAUCCUAGUGCUUCCUUUUAAAGGAGACCGAGCCCCAACUUUAGUUGGGAAGCCUAAACUCUUCUUUAUACAGGCCUGUCGAGGGACCAAAAUGGAUGAUGGUGUUGAUGUUGUUGAUGCUUCUCCUACUACAGAAGAUGAUAGCGUGGAUGCUGUGGCAGCAGCAGACGUCAUCAUGAGGACUGUCCCCACAGAAGCAGACUUUCUCUUCGCCUAUUCAACCACUCCAGGGUAUUAUUCUUGGAGAAACAAUGAAGAUGGUUCCUGGUUUAUCCAAGCUCUUUGCAUCAUUUUGGAGAACCAUGGUGAAGAGAUGGAACUCAUGCACAUGCUGACACUUGUUAACCAUAUUGUCGCCUAUGAUUUCGAAUCCUGCACAAAUGAGGAAUUCACUUCCAAAAAAAAGCAGAUGCCAUGUAUUGUGUCCAUGCUCACCAAGUAUGUUUACUUCCGACCCAAGAAGCAGGAAAUCAUUUGA